AUGGAUUCUAAUCAUGAUAGCAGUUCAAGCAAUGGACUGGAAACUUCUAUGAACACAACCAAUGGGAAUAAUAAGAUUUAUCAUCGCCAUUCUGUUCAUCAAAUUCAAAAGCUUGAAGCGUAUUUCAAGGAAUGUCCUCAUCCAGAUGAUACACAGCGAUAUAAAUUGGGCGAAGAACUGAAACUUAAACCGAAACAAGUAAAGUUCUGGUUUCAAAACAAAAGAACACAAGCCAAAGCUCAAAUUGAAAAAACAGUCAACGAAUCACUUAAAGCAGAAAACAUGAAAAUAAGACAUGAAAAUGAAGUAAUGCAAGAGGCACUAAAAGCUGUGACUUGCCCUCCAUGUGGAGGUCCUCCUCUUGGGAGAGAAGAACGAGGACUCAAUAUCCAAAAACUGCGUGCUUAUAAUGCAUAUCUCAAAGAACAGCUUGAACAAAUCUCAAAUUUGCUAAACAAUAACGGAGGCCACUCAAUACCUAACAUCAAUUCCCUAGCCUAUCGCCAAGGUCCAUCACUCUACGCAUCAACUUCCAGUAAUCCUCAUCUCUCCUAUGGAACCUCUUCGAACCAUCCCGUCGAGCCACCAAUCUUGGAAAGAGAACCGUACACUCGUGAACACAUCAACAUCGCCCAACCGACUCAUCAGCAUUUCCAGCCGCUAUCUCAAAUGGAGGAAAUGAUGAUGACUGAAGCGAUGGUAAAUGCCGUAGCAGAAAUUUCAAGACUGAUUGAUAUCGAAGAACCGAUGUGGAUCAAGUCCUCUAUUGAUGAUAGACUCGUCAUUGAUCAAGCCAACUAUGAAAAGUCGUUUACAAAGAUUAGCCGUUUGAAGAGUCCAAGCGCUCGUAUUGAAUCCUCUAAGGAAGUCGUGGUGGUUCCAAUGGAUGCAAGAGACUUGGUGGACAUGUUCUUUCAUACGGAGAAAUGGGAGAGGCUUUUCUCAACAAUUGUGAACGAAGCUAAAACGAUUCACGUGCUCUCCAAGGACACACAUAGCCAAAACUUUUCGCAACUGAUGUAUGAGCAACUACACAUAUUGUCACCAUUGGUGCCACCGAGAGAGUUUAUGAUCCUAAGAUGUUGCCAACAAGUUGAAGACGAUCUCUGGGUGAUUGCCGACGUGUCGUAUCAUAAUGUAAACGUUGGCUUUGAGAGUCUGACUUGCUCCAAACGUCCCUCCGGCUGUCUCAUCCGAGCUUUGCCCAAUGGUUUCUCUAAGGUAACGUGGAUGGAGCAUGUGGAAGUAAAUGAUAAAGUGCGGACACAUAGGCUUUACAGAGACCUCUUAUUCGGUGGCUUUGGCUACGGAGCUCGCCGUUGGGCCGUUACUCUUCAGAGAAUGUGUGAGAGGAUCUCUCUGUCCUCCAUCUCCGUCAUUCCCACCACCGACAACGCCGGAGUUGUGAAAACUAUAGAGGGAAGAAGGAGCGUCAUGGAUUUAGGAGAAAGAAUGUUGAAGAACUUUGCAUGGAUACUAAAGAUGUCUGGAAAUGACGAUUUUUCUCAAUUGGCUGAAACCAAAAGUAGUGGAGUUAGUGUUUCGGUGCGGGUAAACUCAGAGGCUGGUCAACCGAUGGGUCUUACUGUCUGCGCCGCUUCAUCUUUGUGUCUCCCUGUCUCUCCUCUCCAAGUCUACAGUACCCUUACAAAGAUCGAGACUCGUCACCAGGUAUAUAUACCAGCAGCUGUGGUCACUGGCUUUGUCACUGGAACAGACCAUAGGAAUCGUGUGAACAUCCUCCAGAUUCCGAGUGCAACGGAGAAUGGUGCUAUGAGGAUAAUACAAGACAGUUUCAUAGAUGCAUUAGGAGGUAUGGUGGUGUAUGCUCCAAUGGACCUGAACACUGCAGACGCUGCCGUUUCUGGCCAAGUCAAUCCUUCAGGCAUACCAAUCCUCCCUUCCGGUUUCAUCAUCUCCCGUGAUGGCCAUUAUUCCACCUCCUCUGAGCUCGAAGAUGGCCGUGACUGUAAUAAGACACUCCUCACGGUAGUUUUCCAGAUCCUCGCCUCUGGUCCGAAUCUCUCUGGAGAUCUCCAAAUUGAAGAAUCUACCACCUCAGUCAAUACUUUGAUUACAUCCACCAUUCAAAGGAUCAAAGCCAUGCUUAACUGCAACGAGGAUAAGUGA